AUGGACAUUAGUAAGAGUGCAAUUGGUUCAUUCCAAUCGCCGGAACGCCUCGAGCUGCUUAACGACAUCGACAAAUUUCGGCAGCAUGGCCUUCACAACCUCCCUCAGAUAGUUGUCUGUGGAGAUACCAGUAGCGGAAAAUCGUCCGUUCUAGGAGCCUUGUCCGGAAUCAACUUCCCUGUGUCAGGAACAAUUUGCACGAGAUUCGCCACGGAGAUCGCAUUGAGGUACUCUGCUGCAGAAGCGGUCGCUGGACAUGCUUUCAUCACGGCUGCAGAGACGGCAUCCGAAAGCCAUAAAUCUAAAGUGGAAUCAUUCCGGCGAGAAAUCAACAGUCUUGAUGGCAUCCCUGCUCUGAUGGACGAUGCAAGGAAGCAAAUGGGUCUGCCAGAAGUGUCGGGAAUCAGUCGGGAUGUGUUGCACCUUAGACUUGAAGGAAGAGAGCUGCCGAAUCUUACAUUGGUCGAUCUACCCGGACUUAUUCACGCGUCCAGAAACACCGAUGAUAUCGUCAAGGUCAAGGGCCUCGUCGAAGACUAUUUCAGGCAGAAGGAGAGCAUCAUACUGAUCGUCGUUUCUGCGGAGAAUGUAAUCGACAAUCAAGGCAUUCUCACCUCUUCACGGGAAUUUGAUCCUAAAGGAAUUCGCAGUAUUGGGGUAAUCACCAAAUCCGAUGUGCUGGAACGACCUGAUAAAGCCUCCCUCAAACCGGCGAUAAUGGAGUUAGCUCGGAAUCAAAAUACCUCAUACCAGUUUACACGUGGUUGGCACGUUGUAAGGUGCCUAAACGACAAAGAGCGAACUGACGGUCUUGACCGAGAUAUCGUUGAGAGCCAGCUGUUCGGUCAGGAACAGUGGAAAAGUGUGCUUCAGCCCAAGCAACUUGGGAUGAAAUCAUUGAGGUUGAGCCUGUCGAAAUAUCUACACCAGCACAUCCUUCAAGUCCUACCAGAACUCCAGAAGUCCCUGGAAACAGAGGUGAAAGAAACCAAGUCUUCUUUAGAGCUACUAGGCGAGUCUCGAACGACUUCUGAUCAACGCCUGGUCUACCUCACAAGAAUAAGUAGGCAUUAUGGGAAAAUAAUCAGAGAUGCUCUCGAAGGCAACUACAGUGAUGCCUUUUUCCAAGACAGCGAUCCCGUCAAACGGCUGCGGGCAAGAACGAUGGCACUGACAGAAGAAUACGAAGAAGCAAUGCGCAGCCAGGGCCAUUCGUUUUACAUAUCUCAAAAUCAGGACCUCGUUGGGGGGAGAACGUCUCAUGCUCCAGAAGCUAUCACCCAAUCUGAUGCCCUACUCAAAGUAGAGAAGCUUUUGAAUGAACACAGAGGGCCGGAGCUGUCAUUCUUGUUCAACCCCCGUCUGGUUGGGGUGCUUUUUAAAGAACAAUCCAAAAAGUGGCCAGUCCUGACCGAGAGAUAUACCAGCCAGAUAAUCCAUGUCGUUCAGGAUUUUCUACGAAAAGUGCUCGACUUUCUUUGCCCUUCCCAGGGAGAUACGUCUUACCUGAUCUAUCACCACAUCCUGGAAGACACUAUAGAAAGCAAGAUUGACAGCCUUGAAUCAAAAACUCGCGAACUCUUUCACCCUUACGAACACACCUUCCUCUUCUCCACCAAACGACGACUUCAGACAAGUUUGAAAAGAAUUGAAGAUGAAGCAAGUCUUCGAGAAAAUGGUGAGACAAGCAUCCAACAGCGGAAAGCUCCAGGUCCUGAGAUUAUGGGCUCCGAUCAUGAUACCCGAGUUAAGUUGCUCCAAUAUUCGGAAGCCUAUUAUCAGGUCGCGAUCGAAAACUUCAUUGAUAAUGUUGUUGUUCUUGGUGUUGAGUCAUGUUUGCUCUCGAAGCUUGAAGCUAUGUUCACUCUCGAAAUUGUCCUGGAAAUGAGUGAGGAGACACGAAAUCUGGCAGGAGGAGAAUCGGCGGAUACCCGGAGCGAGCGUGAGGCGCUGAAUGCACGAUUGGCGACUCUUGAGAAAGCUCUCAAACGGUGUCGAACACAUACAAGCCGAUAUAACUAUCAUCCUUUCGCCCAGCUUCCUCAGCCAGCCUUGAAACAAAGCAUUUCCAAGACUGGUAGCGAAACAUACCAGCUGAAGACUGGGCACGUCCAAAGAGAUAUUUUAAUCCCCAAAUCCCAUGCACAGGUCCCGUUCCUUAGCAGGACGAGCCAAAGCUCUUCUUCCGGUCCUCAACCCUCAAGCCAAUCCGGAUUCACCUUGGAUUAUAGUAAAUAUCUUACUACGAAGCCGAACAGCACCUCUCAGAGAAAGCUUUCGGCAGGCGAUCUUGGAAAUUCUGCCUCAACUGUGUCUGCUACAACACCGACGUCCAAGUUCACGAUUCCGGGAUCUAGUAUCUUUGCCGAUCUCAAGGAUAUGGGUUCUGAUCAACCACAUAGUAUAUUCACAUCCACAAAGAAUACAGCCACAGCCACUCCCAUCCUGCCCCCUAAGGAUCUAACUUCUACUUCCAGCCUAUUUUGGACUGCAAAAAGCACAGCUUCCACAGCUUCCACAGCGACUCCCAUCCUGCCCUCAAUGGAUAUUACUUCGACUUUAAGCCCAUUGACGACUACAAAAAUCACUAGCUCCAUAGCCACUCCAACACGAGCGUUUGGUACUUCUUUGACAACAGAUAAAGCGGAAAUCGUAGGAGCAUCUUCACUGUCCGCGACUAACAGCUUUUCGUCGCCAGCACCGGCAGGGGUGAAUACUUCUCCUUUGUUUAAUUUCGCAAAAUCGCCGUUGCCGGAUCAGCACAGGGCAGAUGGAAGUUUGUUUGGCAUCAACCGCUUUGAUAGAGGGCAAGUCCAGGGUACGAAGACAACAUGA